AUGGAUUCAAUGUUUACGAUCUCGAACGAUCACGGGUAUGUACAAACAGCGGCUGCUCUACCUCAGCAACAAAUCAACGGGGCAGGCGUCUUACUUGCCAGCCGUAAUGGUGCCGGCUACGCAGCACCAAAUUACCUUCAAGCCCACCAACAUCCCAACUACCAGUACCACCCAAUCAAUCAGCAGAUGCAUAUGGGCGGCUCCGCUCCUGGUCAAAUGGCGUUGAACAUUCCCGUUCACGAGAUGUCGCCUCCUCCACCAGUUCCGGAGCCGCCAAUCUGCAACCUCCCCUCAACAUCGCAGAUCAAGGAAGAAGAGGAUAUUGAGGAAGAUGAAGCCUAUCUAACCGACAGCGAUUAUGGCCUUCAGCUACGCAAUGUGGUCUGCAAUUAUGCCCUCCCGCUCCAUAUCGACUUGCGACUGGUGGCCAUGGCCGCGGCAAACGUCGAGCUCGAAUCGGGCAAGGGGAUUUUGCAAUUGCGAAUGCGCAACCCCCCGGGAGCGCUGGCCAAGGUCUACAAUUCUGGGAAAGUCUACAUUGUCAACUGCAAAACUGAGGAAGAAUGUCGCAAAGCUGCUAGAAAAGUGGCACGAGUCGUUCAGCUGGCGAUGGGCAAGAAGGCUUCGCGGGUCCGUUUACGCGACUACAAGAUCUGCAACAUCCUCGCGACUUGUCGUUUUCCGUUCGGCAUCAAAGUUGAAGAUAUGGCCAAAAAAUACAAAGGACGCCGCGAAUGUUCGUACGAACCCGAGCUUUCUGUCGGUCUCGUGUGGCACUUUUCCGAGCCAAAGGCCAGUCUUCGGGUCCACACCACUGGCUCAGUCACUGUCACCGGCGCCACCUCGGAAGAGAACAUUCGCCAUGUCGUGUCUGAAAUUUACAAGUUGGCGAAGGAAUUCCGCUGCGACAGUCGUGCACCGCAGAAAAGCCGUAAACGACCUGCGCAGCGCAUCGGAUACGGCGGUCCCGCAUGGAAGCGUCACGUUCCCGAGCUUUGCGUCAAGGGAAAUCGCGUCUACUUCGGCGAUGAGGAGGACGAAUAUGAGGACGAGGCCUACGGCGAGGAGUACGAAGAGGAUGAAGACUUC